ACACACACCUCGCAGGCCGUCGGAGCGCGCUGACUCUCCAAACACACACACGCUGAAGAGCCCGGCAGCAUCCUCCUCCUCCUCCUCCUCAUCUUCCUCAUCUUCCCUUCAGCCUGUGCACGAGCGCUCAGCAUCAUCACUGACCGAUUGUCACACAAUGAAACGAACGCGAGCAGCUUCAUCUGAAGGUGCCGUGUGAUUUAGAGGAGAAAAGCACACGACUUUCCUGUAUGAUGUGCAUCGGUCAGAGACGCUGUGUGGUUUUCUCCAGCUCGCCGUGAGCAGAAGUGUCUCUCGUUCUUCCGCUCCAUUCUGUGAUGUCACGGUACCAUCAGCGUUUCGAGCGGGAUUUCCGCAGCGUGUGGGAGCGGAGGGAGCGCUGCGCCUCCAACAGCAGCUGCGGCGGCACAGUUAACGGCUGCGUCUCCACCUCUGCCUCCUCCAUCCCCAACAGCGGCAACAACCGUCCCGGCCUCCUGCCCCUGCCCGUCAUCCCCUCGCUGCUGCCCACCCCGGUCACUGGGGCAACGAGCACGGCCAAUAGCGAGCUGACCUGCAAGCGAUUAGCCUCCACCUGCACCACCUCUGCGACUAAGGUCUCUGGGCACCCAUCGGCAGACACGCAGACUCAGGGCCAGGUCCUGGCUAAUAGCGUCCGGUGGGGACAAACACCCAUUAACCAGUCCACGCCCUGGGACACGGAUGAGCCGCCCGCAAAACAGAUGAGGGAGAAAGAUAUGACAGCUCCUCUAUGGCCGCCUCAAGUAGCUGCCGCCGUCAGCCAGGCUGGACUCUUGGCGCACACAUACGCUCUGCCACAGGCGCCAGCUUACAGCCAGGGCGUCCAAGCACCCAUCGUCGGUGUGACCCCGGUGCUCCAAACCCCCCAUCCACAAUUACCCACACACUACCAGCUCCAACAGCAGCCUUCACAGCCAAUGACCAACAUGGUCCUCAACGUCCAGAGCCAAUCCCUCGCCGUCGGCGGCCUGCCUCCAAUGCCCAGCGUCUGCCAGGUCGCCCACCCCGUCCACACGGUGGUGGGCAACGGCCAUUUGACGCAUCCCAUGGUGCAAUCCGCCACCAUGAGCUCCUCGCCGCUGCCCACCAACGAGCCGCUGACGAACGGCCAGCAGGAAACCGCCAACAACAGCCUGCAGAUGCUGAGAACGGUCGGAUUAGGGAAAUACGAAUUCACGGACCCCUGGCAUCCCAAAGAAAUGUUGAAGGAAUUGAACCAGCAGCGGCGAGAGAAAGAGUUUACAGACCUGAAAAUAAUUGUUGAAGGCAAAGAGUUUGAAGUCCAUCAAAAUGUUCUAGCUUCCUGCAGCUUGUAUUUCAAGGACAUGGUGAAAAGGUUAUCGGGGGAGAACAGAAACGGUGAGAAGAUGCAGCUGACAAUGAGCAACAUCAGUUCAGAUGUUCUGGAGCUUCUCCUGGAGUUUGUUUACACCGGCUCCCUCAUUAUCGACUCGGCCAACGCCAAGACCUUACUGGAGGCGGCCAACAAGUUCCAGUUCAACACUUUCUGCAAAGUCUGUGUCUCCUUCCUCGAGAAACAGCUGACGGCCGCUAACUGUCUGGGAGUGUUGGCCAUGGCCGAGGCGAUGCAGUGCACUGAACUCCACAACAUGGCAAAGGCCUUCGCCCUGCAGAACUUCCCCGACGUAGCCGGUCAGGACGAGAUCCUCAACAUUUCCAAAGAAGACCUGGUCAGUUACAUGUCCAACGACAGCCUGAACACGAAAGCAGAGGAGCUGGUCUAUGAGACGGUCAUCAAAUGGAUUAAAAAGGAUCCCAGCUGCAGAGUCCAGCAUGUAUCUGAGCUGUUGGCGGUGGUCCGGCUUCCGUUCAUCCAUCCCAGCUACCUGCUGAACGUGGUGGACAACGAGGAGCUGAUCAAAUCUUCAGAGGCCUGCAGGGACCUGGUGAACGAAGCCAAGCGCUACCACAUGCUGCCACACGCCCGCCAAGAGAUGCAGACGCCCAGAACUCGCCCGCGACUGUCUGCCGGUGUCGCUGAGGUGAUCGUGCUGGUGGGUGGGCGACAGGUCAUCGGCAUGAACCAGCGCUCGCUGACAGCCGUCACUUGCUUCAACCCUCAGAACAACAAGUGGUACCCCCUGGCCAGCCUGCCUUUCUACAACCGCGAGUUCUUCUCCGUCAUAUCGGCGGGGGAUAAUAUCUACCUGUCAGGAGGCAUUGAGUCUGGAGUCACGCUGGCAGACGUGUGGUGCUACAUGUCCCUGCUGGAUAAUUGGAAUCUGGUGUCUCGGAUGACAGUCCCGCGGUGCCGGCACAACAGCGUGGUGUACGACGGCAAGCUUUACACCAUCGGAGGACUCGGAGUGGCCGGGAACCUGGAUAAUGUGGAAAGUAUGGAGGGAGUAUUUUGCUGGCAGGUGACUGUGGCACAGAUUGGAUCGGGUUUCGCCGCUGCCGUGGACUGGAGCUAUAAUCGACCGUUACACUGA